AUGAGUCUUGCCAGUGGCCCUUUGUCGGGUCUUAUACCUCUUCUUUCGUGCGAUGAAUGUUCUAGCUUGGCGACAAGGCAGAAGAAGGAAAUCCCCGAUGCCGUCAGAACCACAGUCCAGCUUCUAAAAUUUUCAGAGAUCAAAGCAGACACGACACAACAGGCCUCUACAAGUCCAAAUGAGCAGUCUAAAAUAUUUAACCACCUCCUAGAAUCGACGCAGGGUUUUUUGGUGGAAGACAGUAGCGCGAAGAUCCAGGCGGCUGUGAUCAUUGCGCGUGAUCUUCCUGAAUCAGUUGGCCGAGAUGUGCUUUUACAGUGCGCACAAGCGCUGAUGUGUAUAGCCACUGAGGCCUUUGAUGCAUUGGCGACGGAUGAGCUGUCGUUUGAUAAACCUGCGGAGACGUUUGUGUCUGAACUGCUGUCAACGUUGUCAGUUUCCCGAGACUCGUUGACCAAGGACGUCUAUCGAUUAACAUCGAUUUUCGAGUUCCUGGAAGAACUGUUUCAAGGUCCCGAAGUCUCCGGGCUUGACAGCGAGAUCUUGAAUGACAUUGCGACGCUAUCAUAUGCGUUUCAAUUAAUCAACUCCAAGACCGUUGCGCAGAAAGCUAGUCGGUUGAUUCUUACGCCUCCAAUGCUCGACAGCAUACUCUAUCGCAUCUCAAUCGACGUGAUGACGCGCGGACUGUCACUCCAGCUGUCAUUGCACAAUACACAGGCCUUAUAUUUUCUCACUGCUGUUGUUGAGCAGCAACGAUUCACUUCGUCUGAGAGAUUCCAGCAGCUCGUUUGCAUACCGACGUUUUGGACAGAUCUGGCAGAGAAUUUGGUCGAAGGCUCUCCGGAACGGCGAAAGCUUUGUUUGUAUAUCUUGGAGCAGAGUCUACACUCAAUAACUGGCGACGUGUCUAUUCCUGGAGUUGUUCAGUUCAAGAUUACUAGUCGUACGCAGUACUUGCGCCUCUGGUCCAAAUUCUUCACUGUGGCUAGGAUAAUCGCCAUCGACGCUUCUUUACAUCAAGCCCAAGCUUCCCUGAGAGAUCUAUUCUCUCUUCUCCCUGACAAAAAAGCGAUAAACAAUCCCUCAGUUCCGAUUUUGUGGCCAAUGUGCCUGCUUAGAUUGGGCCUGACCUCCUCUCUCUCAUCCGUCCGGGUUGAAGUUGCAAAGUUUAUGCUCAGCCUAUCGGCCUCCCAACUGAGCCUGUUCAAGGACUCUUCUGCUGAAUUUCUUGACCUCUUGUUUGAGUUCAUCGGACAAGCAUCGUUCUUCACUGUCGAGACCGCAGGGAAAUCGUUCUAUUGCGCUCAUGGCGAUCUGAUUAGCGAUUUCGUCUCUCGUGCUCUGCACGCGUUUGAGAAUCCAGUUUCGGUUAUUGAUAUGCUUCUCGAUAUCGUGAUUAUCGAACGAGGCAGGAAAAAAUUUGAGGCGCUGCUGGUAUAUACCCUACGCGGCAUUUACUCCGUGCUGUACAAAGAGAGGAGCUUUUGUACCGACAUGGGCCUAGAAACUGAUCGACGGCUGCUUAAGCUUCUAGAAAUGAAGUUUGAAAACCUGACGUUAAAAAGAGUGUUGACUUUGUACGUGAGCCGGUUGAGGCUGCUGCUGAACGGCGACUAUAUAUCUGUGAAUCAGUAUGUCGAUGGUGCACUGGCAAGUUACGACUGUGUGGAUGAUGCAGUUGAGAAUAUUACGUUGUGGAUCAAUCCUCUGCAUCUUGAUCAGUUCAGUGAAUUGGUUGCCUCUGAGCUUGCGCGGUACGCGUCAAUCGAUUGGUCUGAUGAUAGAGCGCGCAGAAAUACGGCGAUUUGCUGCAGAGUCCACUUGAGUCUGAACAAAGCGAUUCCACCCUCAAUCUUGAGUAUUCUCGGCGAUUCUGCGAUUGAUCAGGACAUGCGGCUACAUCUUGCUGCGAUUAUUUCAAGUGAAGAGUUGGAGUUAGCUCCAGAAGCUCAGAAAGCAGAAUUCUUGAGCGCAAAGACUAGUUUGAUCUUCUCUGUUCUCACCGGAGCAAAAGAGACCAUCGAAACUCCGGAUUUGCAGCAAUGGCUGGAUCAGCUUCGUGAACUUUACGAUCCGGGGUGCGGCAAAGAGACUUGCGAGCUCGCAAAUUCAGUCUGCGGUCUGCUGCUUGAUAGUACGCUUAAAGAUUCUGGGCCGAUGCAGCUGGCGACGGGGAGACUAACACACUUUUCUAGUCGAGAUUUCUACCGAGCUUUCAACGACUUCUUAACCGCAGUAUUCUCAUUAUGUCGGAUCCGGAUGAAGUAUCAUCAUGAAAAGACACUAUUCCAGCCAAUCAUCAGCGCCAUCGGCAAACUAAUCCAGAGCGCGCAUACCGCCGAGAAUCUGAACCUGUACUGCGAAUUCAUCAGAGACAGUCUUGCAUCUCUUGAUCCGUCCGAGGAAUUCCUCUCCCACCUUCUCGACAUCAACUAUCAAAUCUGGGAGAGCAUGGUCGGAAGCAAUUCGUCGACAGCACAUCAGUCGUUCGGGCUUACUGCCAUCGAAGUGAUAUUCAAUCCAGCAUUGCUAGCUCGUGCUGUGGCUACCAACCAGCCGAGCGAGAGGUUGGAGGCCAUUGCUCAUGAGAUGGUUCGUCUGGGCUACGCGCGAAGACUCGUGCUUUCUACAUUUGCUCGCAAUCUUCAUGAGUUUUUGAACACGUAUCCAGCUGAAUUUAACCAGAGUACAUGGAUUGCGGAUAUCCUGGUCGAGCUGUACUGUUUCCAGCAAAACCGCGACAACUUGUUUCUGAUUGACGAGCCAGUUGUUGAAGUUUGCGUGAGCGAUGGUUUACAAACGCAAAGAAACCUCCCAGAAAUGGUCGGCAAGGCUCAUGUAACUACCAUCCUGGGCCACAAAAGUAUAUCCGAGUCGUUUGCGCACGCGAUCCUUCAGGCUAUCGAUAACUUCUCCCCCUCGUUAUUUGCGUUGGAAACAGGCGGCGAGGCAGCUUCAGAGUUGCAGCGGGUGUCAUUGUCCGAACUUCUCUUGUUAGUCGGAGACUUUGUCGACACCUCCUCGCGGCAGUCUUAUGCUAGUCGGCUACUCGAGGUUUUGAAGUCCGAGUUUAGUCCGCGGGUCCGGACGUCGCUAGAGUGGAUGCUGGCUCGUCUGGUUUCGAAUGACGAAAACUUAUUUGACCUCGUCAUAUGGGAUCCACUGAGCACGCCCGAAGACAGGCCACGAUACUUGGCGAGUAUUCUUACAAUCGUAGUCCUCAUCAUCCGAGCUCGGUUCUCGAAGGGGCAAGUUGGGGAGUGCUGCGAUUUGAUUAACCGGUUCUGUCCUAUGCUGCUUGCGUUUGCGACUACAAACCGAGCCGUGCUUCGGCAUACUGCGACGUCGCUGAUUCUGGGAAUCAGGGACAUGGUCGACACACUUGCAGUUACGGACUCACUGAAAGUCACGUUCAAUAUCGUGGAUCAGCACGUACGAGCUAGUCCUACAUUUGGAACAUUUGUGUAUGGCGACGAUGUUCUUUGGGACAUCUAUAACGAUUUCAAUAUUGUGUCUGUCUGUGGUUUUGUGUCGUCCAAGGUCAACGAUCAGAUCAAGUUGCCGCGAUAUGAGUUGACCGAUGAACUCAUGCGUAUGGCCGCACUGCCGGCGGACACGAUGCGAGUGAAAAAGUACGCCGGCUACGACGAGCAAAGCAGCGCGAUUGACGCAACCGACAGCAGCAAGAAAUCCUCAGCCAAACUCGCUUCCGCGCAGGGCUUUGUGACUCCGGUCGACGAAGACACAAACAGCUCUACCUUGCAGACCAAGUCCAACACAAGAAUCACGACGCCCCGCCCGGUGCGGACUACGAAAGGACGUAUGAUUGUGCUUGCGUCGUUGGUCGACAAGGCGCCGAAUUUGGGCGGCAUCUGUCGGCUGGCAGAUGUGCUGGGCGCCGAGCUUCUGUGUAUCCCGGACAUGACUCUGAUCCGAAGCCGGGAGUUUCAGGCCGUGGCGGUGACGGCGGAUAAGUGGAUGCCGAUGAAGGAGGUCAAGCCGGACUAUAUUUCCGAAUACCUCCAGCAGUGCCGGGUCAAUGGGUACAAGAUCUGGGGAAUCGAGCAGACGGACGACAGUACGGUGUUGACUAGCGAGCUGAAGUUCCCGGAGAAGGUGGUGUUGAUUCUGGGCAAGGAGAAAGAGGGUAUUCCGCCCUCUCUGCUGCGGGAGCUAGAUUGCGCGGUUGAGAUUAAGCAGGUUGGAAUUGUUCGGAGUAUGAAUAUCCAGACUGCCACUGCGGUUGUUGUCAACGCAUACGCGAUGCAGCAUUGCUGA